CAAGAGUUGAUAAGCGAUAAGAAUUAUUGUCAAACAAACGGACAUGACAGCUUUACAAAACAAAUGAAGAUAGUUUCUUCAAUUAUGAAAUUUAGACAAUAUAUUAUUUAUUUUGGAAAUAAUUUUAACACCCAUACUAUUUCCAUUCCUUCUAUUUGAAGUGCGACUUGAUUACUGAAUGAAAGGAAUAUAAACAAUCUAAGAUGGACGCACAGAAAUAUCAAAAUCCCUAUUCCGAAAAAUGUCUUCAAUUAUUUCUGACUGAGGAUGGAAAACUGCAAGAAGAUAUAGUUUCAAAAAUAAAAGAAACAGAUGAGAAUUUCGAAAAAGAAAUAAGAAGAACAUUGCCCAUGUUCAAACCUACUGGAGAUUUUUCGAUUUACACUGGCUACUGUGGGACAGCUCUCUUGUUUCUCCUAAAAUAUAGAAAAACUAAUGAUAAGUAUUAUUUAGAUACAGCAUUAAAACUUGCUAAUAAUGCACUUGACAAUAUUGAUGAAACUACUUCUGUGAGAAGUAAGCGGCUUAGCUUUCUUAAUGGUAGAUCUGGUCCAUUGGCCCUAGCUAUUGUCCUUCACAAGCUUAAUGGCGAAGAGAAGAAAUCAGAUGCACUGAUAGAAAGGUUGCUGGAAAUAGAGGUUGAGAAUUCGUCAAAUCAUGAUGAAAUAUUAUAUGGACGGGCUGGUUACCUUUAUAGCCUUCUCUUUGUAGAUAAAUAUUAUGGACCUGUAAUUCCUGUAGAAUGUUUUCGCAAAGUGAUUUACUGUAUCAUAAAGUCUGGAUGGAGGAAAUCUAAAUACAAGAACAGUCCAUCAGUUCUUUCUUUUGAAUGGCAUAACAAAAAUUAUUUCGGGGCAGCUCAUGGUAUUGCUGGCAUAUUGCACGCUCUAUUGUGUGCUAAUGAGAUGUUAAGCGAAGAUGAGAGAAAUGUAAUUAUUCCUAAUACAUUAAAAUGGUUGGCUGAACAAAGAUAUCCAAGCGGUAAUUUUAUUUCUUCCGAACAUAGUAAUAAGGAUCGAUUGGUUCAAUGGUGUCAUGGUUCUCCAGGAUUUGUACAUCUGUUUUUACGAGCUUAUAAGGUAUAUGGACAUAAAUGGCUGCUGCAAACUGCCAUGGAUGCAGGGGAUACUAUUUGGGAACGAGGGCUCAUCCCCAAGGGAUAUUCUAUUUGUCACGGAGUAGCAGGCAAUGCAUAUUCUUUCCUGGCACUUUAUAACGUUACGAAGAAACCAAAAUACCUAUAUAGAGCUGCAUGCUUUGCUGAUUGGUGCACACAGUAUCCCAAAUACCAAGGAAUGGCACCAGAUCGGCCAUAUUCGCUUUACGAAGGUAUAGCUGGAAUUUCAUACUUUCUUACUGAUAUUCUGGAUCCAGAGAAUUCCGCAUUUCCCGGUUAUGACUUGUAAUUUGAAAUAUCUUACCAUUCCAACAAAUAUGCAAUAUGUUUCAGUUAUGAAAUUAUUUUUAACAAAGUCAUCAUGAAUCUAUCAAUAAAACAUGUCAAUAAAGUUACUUGUAUUGUU